CCUCACCUGGCGCGGCGGCCGCCAGCAGCCGCGCCGGGCCCCAGCCCGCCGCCGCGACGCCAUGAUACACUUUAUACUGCUGUUCAGUCGACAGGGGAAGUUAAGGCUUCAGAAGUGGUACACGACGUUACCUGAGAAAGAGAAGAAAAAGAUCACUCGAGAAAUUGUUCAGAUUAUUCUGGCUCGCAAUCAAAAAACAAGCAGUUUCAUUGAUUGGAAAGACCUCAAGCUUGUUUACAAAAGGUAUGCUAGUUUGUACUUCUGUUGUGCAAUAGAAGACCAGGAUAAUGAGCUCCUGACACUAGAGGUUGUCCAUCGAUAUGUAGAGCUACUGGACAGAUACUUUGGAAAUGUGUGUGAGCUGGAUAUAAUCUUUAAUUUUGAAAAAGCUUAUUUUAUUCUUGAUGAAUUUAUAAUGGGUGGAGAAGUACAAGAAACUUCAAAGAGGUCUGCAGUGAAAGCUAUAGAAGAUUCUGACAUGUUGCAAGAGACAGUGGAAGAGUACAUGAACAAGCCUGCAUUUUAAUGUUAAAAUUACCUGGAGAGAGAUCUGCUGUAUGCACCUAUAAAAUACACGUAUGAAAUAGCUAUCCAAAGUGCCAGAUCCUCAGAGAAAUACCAAAAACAAAUAACUGAAGGGAUUUAUUUGUAUAAUGGUCAAGAUGAAGGUCAGCUAAUGUAGUAGCAGGUUUAACAGUUGCGUACCUGCAUAUACUGUAUGUGAGUUUCUCAGAACUGUAAUUACACUUGAUUUACUCUCUCUUCCUUACUGGACUGAACACUUGUUUUAUAUGAUGUCUUUUAGUGACAGAAUUUGUCAAGCUAAAAUGAUAUUCUGACAAUACUUGGAAGAGGUAUUUUUACUAGUUUUGGUCUGCUGCUGACUAAAUGACUCUGGUUUUGUACAAAUGUCCAUUAUUUUGAAUGUAAUGAUUA